AGAUGGUGCGUGAGCAGUACACCACAACCACAGAAGGCACCCACAUAGAGAGGCCAGAGAAUCAAUGUGUCUACAAAAUUGGCAUUUAUGGCUGGAGGAAACGUUGCCUCUACUUGUUUGUUCUUCUUUUACUCAUCAUCCUCGUUGUGAAUCUUGCUCUUACAAUUUGGAUUCUUAAAGUGAUGUGGUUUUCUCCAACAGGAAUGGGUCACUUGCAAGUAACGAAAGAUGGACUUCGCCUGGAAGGGGAAUCAGAAUUUUUAUUCCCACUAUAUGCCAAAGAAAUAUGUUCCAGAGUGGACUCAUCUCUGCUUCUACAGUCCACUCAGAAUGUGACCCUGAACGCGCGCAACUCAGAAGGGGAGGUCACGGGCAGAGUAACAGUGGGUCCCCAAAUGGUACAAGUCCAGAGUCAACAGUUUCAGAUCAGCUCCAAAGAUGGCAAGCCGCUGUUUACGGCUGACGAAAAGGAAGUUGUGGUUGGUACAGAUAAACUUCGAGUAACUGGGCCUGAAGGAGCUCUUUUUGAACACUCAGUGGAGACACCCCUUGUCAGAGCAGACCCCUUUCCAGACCUUAGGUUAGAAUCCCCCACGCGGAGGCUGAGCAUGGACGCCCCAAGGGGUGUUCACGUUAAAGCUCUUGCUGGAGACAUCGAGGCCCUUUCCCAGGAGGACGUGAUUCUGCAUAGCAGCGACGGAACGCUUGUGCUUGACGCUGAAACUGUGUGUUUACCCAGGUUGGUGCAGGGGACUCAGGGUCCCACUGGCAGCUCACAGGGACUUUAUGAGAUUUGUGUGUGUCCAGAUGGGAAGCUGUACCUGUCUGCGGCUGGCAUGGCCACCACGUGCCAGGAGCACAGUCACAUCUGUCUCUGAGCCACCUGCCCCUUC